ACACCAGCACAAGGCUUGAUCCCAUGACCCUGGUAUCAUAAAGCUGAAAUCACGAGUCAGACACUCAACCGGCUGAGCCACUCAGGCACUCCAUUAUUUACCUUUUCAAUUAGAAAAGUCAAUAGAUUAUUGUAGAUUGUUGAAAGUAUGAAUUCUUGACAGAGAAGAAACUUCUGAAUAUAACAUCACAGUGACCACAACAGACAGAAAUUUACAUCAUCCUGCAUGUGAUCAUUGUCAAUGACAGUACACCUUCCUUCCCUGAAAACUUCUACACAGUCUGUCUCCUUAAGAACAGCCAUAGAAGAACCUUCAUCUUCUCAGUGACAGGCCAUGAUUCCAACAGUGACAAGAAUGCCCAGGUUAUUCACUCCUUGGCUGAGGACACUAUCCAAGGGUCGUCCUAUGUCUCCACCAGUUCCGACACACUGGCUCGUAUACACACUGCAUCCCUUCAACAUGAGCAGUUUUGUGAUCUCAAAUGCAAGUGAAGGCAAGUGACAGUGGGAAGGAACCCCCUACUCACCAGCAACAUGUCACUGAACUUGUUUGUGCUGGACCAGAAGGACAACGCACCAGAAAUCCUGGACCCUACUCUCCCCACUGACAUGUUCCACCAUCAUGGAACUGGUACCCUGCUCCACAGAACCUGGCUACCUGGUGACCAAGGUGGCUAUAGACAGAGACUUGUGUCAGAACACCAGGCCUACCACCUGUUCAAGGCCAGUGAGCCAGGGCUCUUCAUGGUAGGACUCCACACAGGAAAGGUGUGCACUGCAUGGGCCCUGCUGCACAGAGACUGGCUCAAGCAGAGCCUGGUGGUGGUGGUCCAGGACCAAGGCCAGCCCCCUCUCUCGGCCACUUUCACCCUCACUGCAGCCUUGGCCCACAGCAUCCCAGGUGGCCUGGCUGACCUCAACAGUCUGGAGGUCCUCACCUACCCAGAGAUCUCAGACCUCACAUUAUACUUGGUGGUGACAGUGGCUGCAGUGUCCUGUAUCUUCCUCACCUUUGUCAUUGUGUGCUCAGGUUGUGGCAUUGGCACAUUUCAAAUCUGCUGCAGGCUGCAGGGCUUGGAUUGGCUGUGCCUCCUUCUUUGUGGGCAUGGAUAGGUGUGGGCUUUCCUGCAGACCUAUUCCAGGAAGGCUCACACAGGGCAGGCUCCUGAGAGAGUCACAUGAUCUUUCCCCAGCCCAAGUAUGACAAUAUGCUGAUCAGCCAGGAGGGCUCUAGGAAAAAUGACCAUUUGUGCGCUUCAGAUGAUUCCAGGUUUCCUAUAGAAAAUACCUCUUUGGGGGCGCCUGGGUGGCUCAGUUACUUAAGCAUCAAACUUCCGCUCAGGUCAUGAUCCCACAGUUCACAGGUUUGAGCCCUGUGUCGGGCUCUGU